AUGAGUUCUAGUGAAGAAGAUACCAGUAUAUCAGCUUCUACUACAGAUAAAGACAAAAAAAAUAUUGAUAGUUGUCCAUAUAGUCCAGUCUGGGAAUAUUUUACUAAAGGAGAAAAAAUAAGAAAAAAAAGAUAUAAAGCAACUUCAAAUUCAACAAUUAUUAAACAAUUUCUUAUAAGAAUUCUUUCUAAUAAUUCUGAAAAAAAUGAAUCUAAUAAGAAAAGAAAAAGUAAUAUUCAAGAAAAUUAG